AUGCGCCGCUUUUUAAAACGUAAAAGAGACGACGGACCUACGAUUUCGUAUGGUUCCCGAGAUGAUCUGCCUCGCAAGCGGCCCUGCAUUUUUGAUUCCCGUGGCUAUAACGAGUUGGAUUCAUCUGAAAGAGACUGCCCGACUUAUCGACACUACGUGAAACAGAUUUCGAGAAGCGAGCACAUCUUGGGGAUGAAUCUUCAGCUCUUCGGCCUGUUUCAGCUCGCAAUUCCUUCCCAGAAUAGCAAGCCCGAUUUCGGACGGACUCUUGCAAACGUCUACGAAAGACGGCGCGGUUCCAUUUGGCUUCGCCUUUCGUCUCUUCCCCUUGCCAUGAAGCCAGAAGUUGACAAAUACCUCAACCGCUACGCGACUUUUGAUUUUAAUGGUAUUCCCGCUCACUUCUUCGCCGACGUUCCAGUGACUCUAAUUCCUGCUGCUUCUAUUCCGCUCCCUCCCGAUUCUUCAGAAGAAGACGAGCAGACAGACGAUGAAUCUGCUGCAGCAAAUCAGCCCGAAGAAGACGACCUGAUGGAAGUUGACCCGCACCCGAAUCCGUUUGUGGAUUUUGUCUUCGACAACUUGCAUCAAAUUAUCUUUGAACCAGCGUUUUUCUUAGAGUCCUAUGACUCCGGUUUCGAGUCUGCGUAA